CGGCGGCUAAUAAAAGCGGGUCCCAGAUGACGUAUGGAACACUUUCAUUGGUCCAUAAAAUUAGUGGAAUUACGUCAUCAAGCAUUUCAUCGCAGAGUAGUUUUACCGCAUCGAUCCUGACUCACUAUAAAUACACAGCCACAAUUGCGUCCCUAACCAUUCCAAUUCAAAGCAUGAUUGCAGAGCCACAUUCACUAGAGAGUCCGAAGACAGAACUUGCUAUUCCAGCUAUGGUUGAAUUAAAUUGUGCCCUAAUUGGGACUGGCAUUAAUCACGUUAAAUUGCUUCCUGCAUCUAAUGAUGAUCACGGGGGUGUAAUAGUGGACAUGAGGGAGCCUGUGGAACCUGACUUCUUUCUUACCAUGCUCAGAGCUUCAAUGUUACUGUGGAGGCAACAGGAGAAGAGGGGGGUUUGGAUUAAGUUGCCGAUAGAACUUGUGAAUCUCGUAGAAACUGCAGUUAAGGAAGGGUUCUGCUACCACCAUGCUGAGCCAAGUUACCUCAUGCUUGUCUACUGGAUUCCUGAAACUCCAAGUACAAUCCCUGCAAACGCUUCACAUAGAGUAGGUAUUGGUGCUAUUGUCUGGAACGACAAAAGAGAGCUACUCGUUGUCCAGGAAAAAAUUGGCAUAUUUCGAAGAGCAGGGGUGUGGAAAAUUCCCACUGGAGUUGUUGAUGAGGGUGAGGAUAUCUUCAUGGCAGCUACAAGAGAAGUAAAAGAAGAGACGGGAAUUGACACGGAAUUUCAGGAGAUUUUGGCAUUCAGACAGUCACACAAAUCAUUCUUUGGGAAGUCAGAUUUGUUCUUUCUGUGCUUCCUGCAUCCCAAGUCUUUCGACAUCCAAAAACAAGAAUUGGAGAUUGAGGCAGCCCAGUGGAUGCCAUUAGAGGAAUAUGCAGCUCAACCAUUUGCCAAGAAGCAUGAGCUAUUCAAGUAUAUUGAUGACUUAUGCUUAGCAAAGGUGGACAGAAAUUAUGCUGGCUUUUCUCCUCUACCUACAACAUCAAUCGUUAAUGACCGGAUAAGUUACUUGUAUUCAAACAUCCGAGGUUUGAAGUUGUCAAGUCCUGAUGAUCACCAAUAGAAAACGGCUUAAUAUUGUUGUGGGGUGUGGUAUAUUUUGUCCACAUCAUAAAAGAUAUUAUAUAGUAAUAAUAAUAAUGUAUUAAAUUUUCUGUAACUGCUUAAUAAAAUGAAAAUAAAUUCAU